CGACCUGGCAGAAAACCUACCCGCGCGACCUCACACGAUGGCCCCAUACUAUGAUAUUGCAACGCGAGCUCUUGUUGUUGGGCUCAAGGCUCCUUGUUGCGGCAAAACGACUGCUGAAGUUGCUGCUCUUCUUGGGAUAUCAAUACGGCAAGUUAACCGUAUUUAUGCCAAGGCAAUUGAGCGCGGAUUUGAUCCAAACCAGCGGCCCAUGGUCAUCAAAGACGAAUACCUCCAGGAUGCCCCAAGGUCCGGCCGGCCGACUAAGCAGACCGAAGAGACUACGCAGCAGAUUCUAGCCAACGUUGGAACUGACCCGCACGGACGGGAGAAGACGUGUGCUGAUAUUGCCCGCGAGCUUAGCGUCAAUGGCUGCCCUAUUUCUGAGACGACGGUUUGGAGGAUCCUCAGGACUGCCGGCCUUCAAAAGACCAACUUGGACUUGGGUGAAGAGGUUGACUACGAAGAAAGGCGCUAAAACAAAGCCGUUCUGAGGCUAUCAUUGCUUGGAAAGCUGCUUGGAGAGACUGUACAGGAACGCAUUUCCCCAGGGCGACCGGGGUCAGGGCCGCCAAGACCGGACUUUUGAAAGCGUCCUCCAUACUGGCAGUGCACCUGGACGGCUCCAUAUGGGCGACCAUGUGUGGACUUCGCGGCUGUGAGAGGGGCGGCUUCAGCCUGGUCUCGGACAAGCUCACACCGGCAGUGUGGCUGGCGCUGAGGAGGGAAUGCUAAUGGCUUGAUGAGGCGGCAGCUUUCAACGAGCUGAAGCUACCCCCACGGCGGCGGCCUGGGAACUGAUUGGAAGCUCGCGAGAGUCUUCGGGAUGGUCCGCGCACUACGAUGCCAUAGACGUGGCGUUUGCCCCUCGUUCUGGCAGGCUUUGUUGUACUUAUAAUCCGGGGAGAAGAAGCUGAAGGCGCGAGCUAUGGCACCGGCAAACAAAUAAGUCACCACAGUUCUCCAUUU